CAUGCGCAUGCACACGCCCUCUCGCUCGCGCACGCCGCGCUCGCGUUCUCUAAGGCUCCCACCUCUGUGGCCGCCCGCCCUGCCGGGUGUGUAACGUAACUUUGCUCCUGCCCUGCGCCCAGGUCGUGCCCUCCCGGGUGGGAUCCCGCCUCGAGCCGGCCCUGAGCCAGGAGCCGAGGGAUGAAGGCUUUGCAGGCCUGGCUGCUGGGCCUGCUGCUGCUGGGACUGGCCCUGCGGGGGGCUGCGAGCCAAACCCACCCGCACUCCAUGGAGAUCCGCAACCCUGACAUCGAUCCCGCCUGGUACGCGGGCCGCAGGAUCAGACCCGUGGGCCGCUUCGGCCGGAGGACAGCAGCCCCCCCGGGAUGUCGUGAACCGGCCAGGCUGCUCCCCCCUGAAAGGAGGCGCUGAGCCCUCUGGGGAUGGGGGACAGCCCAGCUCAGGAAGACAUGAUUCCAGGAGCCUCCCCCCACCCCCCUCCAUGGCUCCUUUCCCUUCAAUCCUAAUAAAAGCAGCUGGCCUUG